UUUGCGCUUCCAGUGUUUGCUCCUGGCGUCUUCGUCUUCUGCUCCCUCUUUCUCUUCCCGCCCUCUCGAGAAGUAGAGGGCGAACGAAACCCUAGAGGGCCAUUGCCUCCUCUGAGAGAGACAGGGAGAGAUGUCGUCCACUUUGCUGGAGGUGACUCGGUCGGCUCACGAGGAGGUGGAGCGGCUCGAGCGGCUCGUAGUGAAGGACCUCCAGAAGGAGCCUGCAACUGCUAGAGAGCGUCUCUUCCAGAACCACCGCGUCCGCCACAUGAUUGAUUCCAUUUUCUCCACCACCGAGAAGCUGGUUGAGAUAUACGAGGAUAAAGAUAGUGCAAGGAAGGAUGAGAUUGCUGCACUUGGAGGUCAAACAGCAAGUGGGCAGAAUGUAUUCAGUGCCUUCUAUGACAGAUUGAAGGAGAUACGUGAGUACCAUAGACGACAUCCUGUUGCACGUGUCCUGGAUCCAGCCGGAGAUCUUGAAGAGCUACUUAAAGAAGAACCUGUUAUUGAAUUUAGUGGCGAGGAAGCUUUUGGUCGCUACCUGGACUUGCAUGAGUUGUAUAAUGAAUUUGUUAAUUCUAAGUUCGCAAAGGUUGUGGAAUAUUCUGCUUACUUGGACAUCUUUCCACAAACUCAUGAUAUACCGAGGGAUUUGAAGUUGACAAGGCAAUAUAAAGACUAUCUAACGCACAUGUUAGAGUAUCUCAUCUCUUUCUUUCAGCGAACAGAGCCUUUACAGGAUCUCAACAGAAUUUUUUCGAAGGUUGAGACGGAAUUUGAAGAGCAAUGGGAAGAUAAUAAGGUGCGAGGUUGGGAAAACAAUGGUGUAGAAAAUGGACAACUUUUUAUGAUUGAACCUCUAAUUGAUCUUGAUUAUUACGACACUGCAGAAGAACUGGUCAAUGUAGGCCCUGAAAAAUUGAAAGAGGCAUUAGCAGCUCUCGGGUUAAAAACUGGGGGUACAGUUCAGCAGCGAGCAGAAAGGCUUUUCCUCACAAAGAAUUCACCACUUGAGAAACUUGACAGAAAACAUUUUGCCAAAGGCUCACAAUCUUUAGUACAAAAUAGUACAGCUGCUCCCUCCCAGAAAACUACUGCUGCAAAAGAGGUUGCACUCAUGGAGGCUAAGAUGCAAAAGCUUUGUGAAUUGUUAAAAGAGACAAUCAUACGGACAAAGGAAAAUAUUGAAAAGAAGCAAGCACUGACUUAUGAAGAAAUGGAGGCAGAGAGAGAAGAGGAGGAGGUCCAGGCUGAGAGUGAAAGCGAUGAAGAAGAACAACAGAUUUAUAAUCCUCUGAAACUACCCAUGGGUUGGGAUGGCAAACCUAUUCCCUACUGGCUUUACAAGCUGCAUGGCCUUGGCCAGGAAUUCAAAUGUGAGAUAUGUGGGAACCAUAGUUACUGGGGACGAAGGGCUUUUGAACGACACUUUAAGGAGCCUCGUCAUCAACAUGGGAUGAAUUGCCUAGGUAUCCCAAACACUAAGAACUUCAACGAGAUUACAUCUAUUAAGGAAGCAAAGAUUUUAUGGGAGAGGAUAAAGGAGCGGCAGGGCCUGAACCAAUGGAGGCCAGAUCUUGAGGAAGAGUACGAAGACAAAGAAGGAAACAUCUAUAACAAGAAAACAUACACAGAUCUUCAGCGUCAAGGCCUAAUCUAAAUCAUCCUAUGUGAGUUUGGCCUGCUUGGCAUAUAACCAUCAGUCUGACGUUGUGAUUCAAGAUUUUAAAUCAUGCCAGCCUCCGGUGGAAGAUGAAGCUGAUACUUUCCUUCCUUUUAAAAUUUCUCAUGAUCACGUAGUAAUUUGUGUUAAGUGAAAGCAAAUUUUUGUUCUCUGGUACGGGGUACCUGACGCAUGCUGUAACAUGGAAGUAGAACAGUCAACGGGCAACCUCCCGCCGCUAAACGGGAAUAUGUAAAAAUAGGCAUUCUCACGGCACCAAUAUUUUCUUUUAAUCUGUAAGAGUAUUUUUUUUCCA